AUCUUCUCGAAGGGCACAGUCACACAAAGAAUAUUUAUAUGUAGCCAUAGUCAACAUACCCGUUCUUCAUUCGUGCUUUCGUAUAAGUUUCAGUUUUCCCUCCGUGACAGGUAUUAUUAUCAAAUAUCCUAUAUCAAUGGCGAAGAAAACAACUCCAACUAAUCUUCUCCUACAGCCUCUGCAAGUGCAGCACACCGCUGCCACAUUUGCCCUUUAUACUCAAGGAACUUGAAUAUCAACUCAAGGGCAAAUUGGGCAAUCCACAUUCAAAAGGCCAAAAUAGUCAGAUCAUAAUAUAAUCUCUUCAAUGGAUGAUGAAUCUAAUGAAAACAAAUGCACGACUUCUGUUCCUCCACUCCAUCAAAAGGGACUUCUUGGUGAAGAUCAUAAUCAUAAUCAAAAUCAAGAUGAUGAUAGUCAUAAAAAGUCAACUUUCUUUAAAUUUGGUAAACAAGGCUCCCCUUGUGUAAAAUUCCAACGUCUUGCCCCUGAGAAAGAUGUUAAUACACGUUCUUAUAAUCAUACUUUUCGAGGAAGUGUUCAUAGGGUUUUCAACAAGAAAAUCAACUGGAAAUCCCUUCAAACCAUGGCUAAAGAAUGGAUCUCAAAUCCAAUAAACAUGGUUCUCUUCAUUUGGAUAAUUUGUGUUGCUGUUUCAGGAGCAAUUCUCUUCCUUGUUAUGACAGGUAUGUUAAACCACGCCCUACCAAAAAAAUCCCAAAGAAACACAUGGUUCGAAGUCAACAACCAAAUUCUAAAUGCCCUUUUUACCCUCAUGUGUCUAUACCAACACCCUCAUCGCCUCUAUCACCUCAUACUCUUAUCAAAAUGGAGACCACAAGACAUUUCCAAAUUAAGAAACUUAUACUCCAAAAAUGGAACUUACAAACCCAACGAAUGGGCCCACAUGAUGGUUGUUGUUUUCCUACUUAACCUCAAUUGUUUUGCACAAUACGCUUUAUGUGGUCUCAAUGUUGGAUACAAAAGAUCAGAAAGACCCGCAAUUGGAGUGGCACUGACUGUUUCCAUAGCAAUCAGUGCCCCUGCAAUUGCAGGUCUUUACAGUGUCAUGAGUCCUUUAGGAAAGGACUCUGACACCGACACUAACAGUGUUUCAGACGAAGAAUCCCAAAAAGGGAUUGAAUCGUCUGAAAAAAUAUUCUUGUUAAGUGAAAGUAACCCGAAAUGGAGCGGGGGUAUUUUCGACUUUUGGGAGGAUAUCUCAUUAGCAUACCUCUCAUUGUUUUGUAGUUUUUGUGUUUUUGGGUGGAAUAUGGAGAGACUAGGGUUUGGAAACAUGUAUGUUCAUAUGACAACGUUUCUUCUCUUUUGUUUGGCUCCAUUUUGGAUCUUUACAUUGGCUGCUGUUAAUAUUGAGAAUGAGAUUGUGAGGGAGAUUUUGGGAAUUACAGGGGUGUUUUUGUGUGUAUUUGGUUUGCUUUAUGGUGGAUUUUGGAGGAUUCAAAUGAGGAAAAGGUUUAAUUUGCCUUCUUCUGAUUUCUGUUGUGGGAAUCCGGGUGUUAGUGAUUGUGUAUUGUGGUUAUGUUGUUGUUGGUGUUCUCUUGCUCAGGAGGUUAGGACUGGAAAUAAAUAUGAUGUUUUGGAUAAUAAGUUUUAUAGAAAACCAGAGGGUGAGAUGUCUAUAUCGCCUUUGCCUCGAGAAGAACAGUUAAAUUACCGAUCUACCCCUAGUCCUACCACGUUUUUACAGGAAUACAAGAGUUCGAAUAUUGAAGAAGGUUCUUCUUCAAGAGGUAAUGAUUCAACUCUAGAACCACCAAUUCCAUCCUUUAUACAUAGAGACGCCACGUAAAAAAAAGUUUAAAUAUUGUUCUUAUUUGUGCUUUGAAUUAGUGUGUUUUUGUAGUUCUUUUUAGAAUCUUAGAUUUUUGUAUGAUUUUUUUUUUUCUAUUCAUUUCCUUGUUGACAUUAUAUGUAGAUAAAUUUGAGAUUUUGGUGUUUACAAAUUUAUAAUAACAUUAAAAGCA